AGAGAAUCCUCUCCGAAAUUAAUUGGAAUCACUUUUUUAGAAGUACUGUAUUAGUAGAAGAUAUGUGUACACUAUUUCAUACAAAGAUAUCUGAAAUUGUGAAGGCUAACACAAAAAACAAAAAAUGUCCUCAGAACAAAUUAAAACAACUAAAAGACAUGAUGAUUUUGUUAACCAUCGACGUUUCGCAAACGAUUUAAGCAAUGUUAUUGAUAACGCAAGAAGAGAAUACGAAGAAUAUAUCGCUAGUAGCGAUAACCCUAAGAAGCUAUUUAAACACAUAAGAUGCUCUCUAUCUUCUAAAGUAUCAGUACCACUUCUUAAAAAAACGGAUGGAAACUUAUGUAAUAAUGAUCAAGAAACAGCUGAAGCUCUGGCCAACCAUUUUUCACAAGUGUUUUCCUUAGAACCCACAGGCGACAUCCCAGUUAGUCACGAUGCCCGAACAGCAACCUCUUUAUGUAAUGUCGAGUUCUCACCUGCAAUUGUUAAUGAAAAUCUCAAAAAAAUCAAAUCAAAUUCCUCACCUGGAAUCGACAAUUUAUCCGCAAUGCUUUUAAAAGAAUAUCUUCUUUGGCUUUACCUCUAUCCAUUAUUAUGACAUCUUCUUUUACAUCUCACACACUUCAUUCAAUGUGAACAAUUGCUUCGGUGACAUAUAUUUUUAAAAAGGGUGACAAACUCAGUCCAUCCAACUAUCAUCCAACUAUCGUCCAAUAAGCCUCGUC